GCGCACGUUUUUUUAUAAUUUUCAAAGAAGGAAGUUUUGUGUUUGUUGUUGUGAUUUUAAUCCCAAUUUUCUCCCCUUCUCGCUACCCUGGGGUUAAGAUAAGCUAGGUUUUUAGUAGUGGAAUGGUUGAUCUAGAUGAUUCAGUUACGAAUAAUCGAAAAACUGUUCAUAAUAAAGCAUCAGAAAGCCUUGAUUAUCUGCGUUAUGCACUUGAUUCACCGGUGAGCUCGCCAACAAACGACGACAGYUACUCUAAAGCAGUUUCUCGCCUUAAACACCUUCUUCACAGAUACAACCAUUAUCAGCAAAAAGAACCAUUACAUGUACCUGCAACCUCACAAAACCUACCUGGAGAUCCAUCUGGAUUCAUUCCUGAUCCUGAUGAGUUGACAGAAUUACUAAACAGACAUUAUUCUGUGGUGCAACAUUUACAAGCCAARGUUGAUUUCUUAAAG